CGUGCUGGACGCCGCGGUCCGCCGGUAACGGCCAACGCGAUGCUGCGGUGCCUGCAGGGUGAUGCCGCCGCGCUCCUUGCUUCCUCCCGGUAAGGAAACUGUGCUGUCACCCCCCUCACCCCCACGUGCGUGGUGCCAGCAAAGCCCCGAGGAGCAGCACAGUGCCAGAGGCUGACGGGAGCGAUGUCCUCUCCCUGGACAUGGCCACUGAUGGCCAUGGGAGCCUCAUCCAGCCCAGGAAGGUGCCAAACCCAAGAUGGGAGUCCCAGAGCCACCGGGAGCUGCUCUUCAGCCACAGCAGGGGGAUCCUGCCCUGGCACAGAGCUGAGCUGCCGCAGGUACUGGAGAGCCGGCGGUUGAGGCAGCUGAGGGAGGAGCUGUGGGGACCCCCCCUCUGACCUUGAGCAGCAGCUGAGGAAACACCACUAGAGGCUUGAGGAGCCCUUGCCCUGUUGGAAAGGAAGUGUGAGGUGCUGUUUUUGAGCAGAUCUGAGAUCAACAACCCAACCACUGGGUGCGGCAGCACCAUCCUGGGCACCGGGGAGGGCACCUGGCCACCGCCAUGGCUCCCGAGGAGCUCGCCAGCUCAGCCGACUACGAUUACCCACCGGUGACCAACGUGACGGGGAACUGGGAGGUCUCCGGAUGGGAGGUCUUCUUCACCACCGUCUUCAUCCCCAUCCUCUACUCCUUCAUCUUCCUCCUCGGCCUCCUGGGGAACCUCUUUGUCAUUGUGCUGAUGGCCAAGAAGAGUGGGGGCAAGAGGAUGGUGGACACCUUCGUGCUGAACCUGGCAGUGGCCGAUGUCAUCUUCAUCUGCACCUUGCCCUUCUGGGUGGUGGCGGGGGCACGGGGGAACCGCUGGCCACUUGGCGAAGGGCUCUGCAAGGUGAGUAGCUACGCCAUUGCUGUCAACCGCUGCUCCAGCAUCCUCUUCCUCACUGCCCUCAGCGUGGAGCGCUACCUGGUCAUCAGGAAGGUGCUGGACACUAAGAUGAUGGGUUCCCGAAGGCACGUCCGUGUCACCUGCGGCAUCAUCUGGGCAGCGUCCCUCAUCCUGGGCGCCCCAUCCCUGGUGUACCGGCAGCUGGACGGAGAUGACUGCUGGGAUGAAGAUGGAGAGGACUUCAGCUUGACCAUGGUCUUCCUCACCUUCGUCCUGCCUUUGGGAGUCAUCUCCUUCUGCUACUGCUCCAUCUACUGCCGGCUCCAGCGGCACGUCCGGCUGGGGAGGGGCGUCCGGCGUUCCCACCGUGCCAUCGUCACCAUCGUCGUAGCCUUCCUCUGCUCCUGGUUGCCCCUCAACGCCUGCAAGGUGCUGCUCUUCUUCCUUGCCAAGGGGACACUGGUCCUGUCCCAGGGGCAGGAGAUGGCCCUGAGGUGGGUGGUGGCCGGCAGCACCUGCCUGGCCUUUGUUAACAGCUGCGUCAACCCCCUCAUCUACGCCCUGAUGGACGGACACUGCCGUCCCCGAUGUCCCUUUGGUCUCUGCACACCAGGGACGAGUCCCGGCGCAGCCGCCACCUCCUCCACCACUGACUCCAGCCUCCUCUUCGGUGGCCGGAUCCGGACCAAGACCCCCCCCGGCCCGUGGCACAGGAGCGGUACUGAGCUCCAGCCAGCACCAGGGAUCCCACGGGGCCACUCGUGAGUCAUCCCCCCCCCCCCGCUCCUCCUCCCCAGUGUCCUCGGGUGCCACCGCCGU